CCAUACUUGUACCACAUGCUUCUGAUAGACAAAAUAUUGCAGGUCACAGCACAGUGUUGCAUCUCAGGCACUCGGCAGACAAGUACCUUGCCCAAGGAAAAAAAGAAAAAAAUUAAAGAUGGACCAUCUUUGGAAGAUUUCAUAUCUGGAGAGGUGACCAAAGACAUGAAUUGGUCUGACUACAAGGGAAAGCUGAAGCGUGAGGCAGGAGAAAGGGAACGACUGAGACUCCCACCAUGGUUGAAGCGUGAAAUUCCUAUGGGAAAAGAGUUCAGUAAGCUCAAGGAAGACCUCCGUGGCCUGAAUCUGCACACUGUUUGUGAGGAAGCUCGAUGCCCAAACAUUGGUGAAUGUUGGGGAGGAAAUGAAGAUAAUGUAUCGACAGCUACAAUAAUGCUUAUGGGCGACACAUGUACACGCGGAUGCCGUUUUUGCUCAGUGAAGACCUCCCGAAAGCCACCACCAUUAGAUGCUAAUGAGCCUGUCAACACUGCUACAGCCAUUACAAAGUGGGGACUGGAUUAUGUUGUUCUGACAUCAGUGGACCGUGAUGACAUAGACGAUGGCGGAUCAGCUCAUAUUGCAGAGACAGUCAUAGAGCUCAAAAAGCAGAAUUCAGCAAUCCUGGUGGAGUGCCUUGUUCCUGACUUCAGAGGGAAUGAAGAUUCUGUAAAAACUGUUGCUCUCUCUGGGCUUGAUGUAUUUGCUCACAACAUUGAGACUGUGGAGGCACUUACACCUCGAGUGCGUGACCCCCGAGCAAAGUACCGGCAAUCUCUAGCAGUUCUGACGCAUGCUAAGACAGUGAAGCCUGAUUUGAUAACAAAGUCUUCUAUUAUGCUUGGGUUGGGAGAAACUGAUGAAGAAAUCUUGCAGACAAUGAAAGACUUGCGAAGUGCAGGUGUCGACUGCUUAACUUUGGGGCAGUACAUGCAGCCGACAAAGAGGCACCUGAAGGUAGUAGAGUACAUCACUCCAGAAAAAUACCAGCACUGGGAAGAGGUUGGGAAGAGCCUUGGAUUUAGUUACACUGCUAGUGGUCCUCUUGUCAGGUCGUCGUACAGAGCGGGAGAAUUUUUCUUGAAGAAUUUAUUACAAGAGAGAAAGAAGAGUGAACAGAGUGAGAAUGCUUAGUCUUUUUCUUUCUCUCUUUCUUGCUUUUUUGUAUAUAAAUUUCAUGGGAAAAUACAAUGGAAGAGUUGUGUCAGGAAGCUAUUAACAAGAGCAAGAUGAAAAAUAAAUUAAGUUUUUCAUAUGUUUGCUUAAGUUUCUGUCCAUUUAUGUAUGUACUGUAUAUAUAAAUAAACAAUGGAUAUGGUAAGAAGAGUAGAAAUGGAGAAAUUUUACAUAUAUUUUUAUGUAGAUAUUUGUCUAUUUAUCUGUGUGUACCUUCCUAAAUAUGUAUUAUACAUAUAUGUACAUAUACAUACAUAGAUAUGUAUUACAUUUUUUUUGUUCUUUUAUUCUCUUGAUACAGGAAUAAUUCCAAAAUGUGUACAUGAAACAGUCUAGCACAAGAGCAAGUGUAAUUUAAAUGUAUUUUAUGACUGUGGCUCACAUAGUAAAAGGGCUGGUUUAUUUCAGCCUGGUUUAUGCUGUUUCUUUACUAAUAAUCAAAUGGAAUUAAUUGGUAUUUUCUUGGUGUGUGCUCAACUUGUAAUUAUAUGUAUAUAGUAUACUAUUCAUUAUGUUUAUAUGCAUUGGCAUGUCCCCCACCCAAAAAAAGUUUUUGUCUUUCUUCCAUCUUUGUUUCUUUAAAUGCUCAAGUUUUAAAAAUUGGAUAUUAAAAAUAUCUAAGACCCAUAGUGCUUUUGUGAUAGAGAUAUAAUAGAUAUUUAAAUUUCCUUCAAAGUAGAGCUUGCUCAAGUGGGGGAAGAUACAUUUUCAGUUGCAUAGAUUAGGGUAUGCCAGUUGUAAUAUAUUGAAAGAGGUAAGCAAAUAUUUUAAUGGUAAAAUUAUAAUGGUGUGUAUGUUAUUUAACAGCAAUAAAGAGAAAAAAUACAAUA